AUGGAGCCGCCCGCGCAGAACAACCAGUUCUUCCGCUCCGACAGCAGCGACUCGUCCGCCUGCAUGAUGGGCCCGGCGGCCGGGCGCGGGGAGCCGCGCGGGGAGCCGGGGGCGGGGAAGGGGCGGCGGAGGCAGCCGUGCAGCCCGCUCUGGAUCGCCAUGGCCGUGAUGUCCAUCGUGGCCCUGCAGAUCGCCUCCACCACCGGCCUCUUCGUCUACUUCACCAUGUCCAUUUCCAAGCUAAAAGCCCAGACGCAGGGUAGCUCUGAGGAGCUGAGAUGUUUGCAGCUUAUCAACAGACUGCAGGAGAUAUCUGACUUGGAGGAGCUGAUUGGUAACCAGUCCUGCCUCAAGCUGGCCAGCAGCAUCAAGUCCUACGUAACCAUGGUGACAGAGAAUGUUAUGCGCAGAAGCGCGCUUAAGGAAGCCAGGAGGAGCUAUUUCAAUACCUCAGAUGGACCGCUGGCUACAAAAGCACCUACCAAGUCCUCAGCCCAUCUCACGCUCAGGCAGCAGAAGCCUCCCCAAGGUGGAAGCUCAGAGCACUUCAGGGAGCUCCCCCAGUCCUGCCAACACCCCAUCACUCAGUGGGAAGACCGAGCCAUACAUUCCCAUCUUCAGAACAUCACCUAUCGGGACGGAAAGAUGCGGGUGAACCAGGCAGGGAAGUACUAUGUCUAUUCCCAGAUCUACUUCCGCUACCCCAGUGAGGAUGCCAGCACCCGUGUCUUGGGACACCAGCUGGUGCAGUGCAUCAACCGCAAGACCACUUACAGGCAGCCCAUCCUGCUGCUCAAAGGUGUAGGCACCAAGUGCUGGGCACCGGAGGCUGAGUAUGGCCUGCAUGCCCUCUACCAGGGAGGCCUCUUUGAGCUCAAGGCUGGUGAUGAGCUUUUUGUCUCCGUCUCAUCCCUGGCCAUCGAUUUUGAUGACACAGCAGCCAGUUAUUUUGGAGCCUUCCAACUUGAUCUGUGAUGGGUCAGGACCUGCUUUAUGACUGCUUCCCAUCAGAUAUUUCCUUUUCAGACUCUCACUGUUGUCACCUGCUACCAACCUGCACAGCCCAGCUUUGCUGAACAUGUUAGAGACUAUGGACAUACCUGAGCUGGGUGACCCUGCAUGGCCCGGCAGCCCAUGGCUUCUGUGAUAGGGAUGCUGGGCCUGCAGAUGGUAGCCAUGGUGAUCACUCCCUGUAAGCUGUUCUGACUUAAAAAGAUGGUGUCACAGUUUUGUUCCUGCUUGCUGUUCUCUCUGGAAGACACAGCUGAAAGCUCCUAUGGAACAGCCAAGGGUGGGGGGAGGGCAUCAUGCCUAUAACACCUCUUGGCAUCCCAUCAUGAAGUCAGCUACAGGCAGCAGAAACAAUUUGGGCACAGAUUUCUAGUGAGAGUAGGGCAGGGCUCCUCACCCUGCCCUUGGUAUCUGGGGGCCUGGGGUGCUGGUGCAAGGAGACCCCCUCAUCUACUGUGAAACUCACUUGGAUGAGCCUUGAGGGGGUAGCAGCUGGGAUGGGGGGAGAGGGCAUCAGCCAGGGAAACUAGUCCAAUGAGCCAAAGGUUAAUACCAGUGACUGCCUUCUACAUUCUAAGGGGGCUGCAACAGGAUACUGCAGCAUCCAGUGACAACUCCCCCCAUGCACACCAGUCUCUGCUAUGAAGGCCACCUCCUCAGACAUCCAUCUUGCAUCUGAGAUAGGUAGAACAAAAGCAUGAAAAAUGGUCAGGGAAUCUCUCCAGUGUCUCUCAAGUGCACAGGCAGACAGAAGAGCUGGAGUGGAUCCUGUGGACCAGCCAGUCCAAUAACUCUGUUGAACAUAGAAGCAAGGAGUAUGCAAAUGGCACUGAAGCCUUGCACAUCAGCUCCCUAAGGAGUCAGGAUCUCAUAUAAGAGACACAGGAAGAGACAUGUGAGCAGAUUUCGGCCUGAAGUAAGCAAGCAACUGAACCGAGGUGCAGCAUCCAGAUAUGAGGCAAUGGGUAACACCAGUGGAGGUGUGAAAGCUGCUAUUUUCUUCCCUCCUCACCCAGUAUGCAAAAGGCAUGCUGCUGCCAGCAUGGAACCCUGCCCCAAGGAAGGAGCUGAGGUGGAAAACACAGUCUGAUUUGUUGUUAGGACCUAAUAAGUCGCAUCUGAUCCAGGCCACACCAACUUUGGAGCCUCUGAGAGGGCAAGCCUCUCUCAAAUGAACACCUGGAUGCCUAGGGAGACAAUGCAUAGCAGCGCUCUAUGAGGGGACGUACCAUGUCACAGCACAAUGAUGCAUCAUGAUCCUGUGUAAGACUGUAACAAUGACACACAACUUCCCUUUGAGAUCUCUGUGUUGAAGAAGGGGCAAUCCACUGUGGAGCUAAAUCUACAUCCUUCUCCCAGCAAGUGAUACACAGCUUUCUGGGCCUGGCAUGCCAAAUUCCAUACAUUAAAGCAAACUAUGCAGUCUCAUCUGUUGGAUUAAACAGUGCUGGGAGCAUUGGGAAAUAAGGGAGGGAAUCAGAAAGCUGGGUGUGAGAGCACAGUGAAGCAUACUUACCUUGGCAGGAAAAUGUAGGUUAGGGUUGUCCCUUCUCUGUUCCCCUUGCCUCUCUUCACAGAAAGGUCUGAGACAGCCAGGAGGUAUUUAGUAAAACAAACACCCACCCUUGCACUGCUUUAAUGAAAGGUGGGAUUUUAACCCAAGAUAGUUAAACAGAUGCCACUUUGCAUAUGGACUAAAUCAGCCUGUGUGUCCGAAAUCAGUUAAGGUUUGUUACCGAGUUAAGCUGACUUGAGUCCCUGCAAUUGGGGAGAGUGGCACCAAUGGUAGAAAAUCAUGUUUUAAACCAGUCUAGUGAAGUGAGUGCUUAAGCUGUGUAGACAAAAUCUGAAGCAACUCUCUGUGCCUUAUAGCAGCUAUGCACACAUCUGAUCCAGCAUCCACCCCUCCUUCCCAGUAAACAUUUGACAUCUUGCCUGUCUUGAGAUGGUUUAAUAGUAACAGAUUCUGAGUUGGCACCUCAAACCCCAGCAUUUACAGCCCCAGUGACUUGGUAUGUGUGGUUAUCAAUGGGCAGGGAAGAAAAAAGAUGGUUUAGAUGUGAUUAGAGGUGGGGUUUGCUGUUAAAUCAACAUGACCUAUUACAGUGCCAUAUAGUAGGUUUGGUCAAAAGGUUGGGGCAUGUGGGUAUGAGGAGAGGAUGCCUGUGUUGAAGAACAUGCAGGAAAAAAAGACAAAUGUCUCUCCCUAACAACAUUUAAAAGCUCCCAAAAGUUAAUCUGUGGAAACAGUAUCUUCACACUGCACGGAUCUGCCUCCUGAUGAAAGAGUCACCAGGAACACAAAGGUGCAUCCCACACGUGCCUGUCCACACUGGUGCUACAGAUACACCCAGGUUGGUGCUCAGAUGUCUGGGGGUGUAUCCUGCAAUACUAAGAGUAAAGCGGAGAUGCUCAAGGAAGAAGUUUAUGGUGGACUGUGGGAGAGCUCAUCUGGCCUGUUGAGCUCCUAGAAGUGGUUCAGCCCACAAGCACAUUUAGCGGAGGAGCUGCCCGCAGUGUCGGCUCCUCAUGUCUGUCCAUUCCAACUUUUUUCCAAAGCGUGUUUUCUUCAUACUUCCUUACUAUCAGCUCCAUGAAGCCAGCAUAAUCAAAAGCCUGCUAGUUGGAUUCUGCUCCAGUUCUUUCAUCAUCCAACCUAAGCUACGGCCUUGCCUUCACUGGAAUUUUAGCCACUGGUAGUCGCAGUUCACACUACAGUAACCUGGGUUUUUUUGUAAUUUACCCCAAGGCUGACUGUAUUAUUAAUGCCGCAGAUGAAUAAACCAUGCCUUCUAUUAGGAGGUCUUCUCUGCUACAGCUACCUCCUGUCCAACUAAAAUCCCAGCCUAAGCUAGGCCUUAGCUUCCACUGUGGACCCAAAUUCUGCUUUCAGUCACUCUACAACUGGAAAGCCACUAAGACUGAGAGCAGAAUUUGAAUCUGGGACCAAAUCAAGGCUGGUUAUAUCAUUCUAUGCUGGCUUAAAGAUACUGCUGCAUCCCAGGUGGCUGAUCUGCCUUUCACUUCUGUAAAUAGUUGUGUAUUUCCUGUAUCAUACGAAAGCCACUAAACCUAUUGAUGUGUACAAACAUGUCUGAGUGAAGUAUCAGUUCCUAUGAAGGAAGUGAACAUGGUGUGUGUUAUGUAUGAUUCAUGUGCUGGUUAAAUAAACUGCAUUUCCAGA